AUGGUGGAUUGGCAACAGCGAGUCUCUUUGGCAAUGUUCAAAUGGGCGAAUGGCCGAGUACUUCUGGUACACGCCCUGACCCAACUCACGUUCGGAAUCAACCGCUGGCAGGACAUUCAGUCCUUCGAGAAGGAGUUCGUAGCUGAAUCUUUCGGAAAAUAAUGUUCAUUUCUGACGGGAAGGAUCGAUUUUUGCUUUGGGAAUACAUCUGAAGUUCACAAAAGGGAAAGAAAAUCGUAGAAAGUGUACUGUUCUUGAAUACGCUUCAAGUGAACUUAUCUAUAUAUUUUUAUUUUGAAAUCGUCUUUGGUUUUUUUUAAACCCAGAUUUUCAAAUAUAUUGCAAAAUAUUUUACAUUUCGUCUAACUCAUUUUUCGUAGUUAUGAAGAGCUGAAAGCAGGGAGAAUAAGAUAUAGUAUGUUUAUAUUUUGAAUGUCAAGUCGUCGCCCAAGCGCCGCUCCUAAAGCCGCUAUAAGCCAAUCAGAGCCUUCACAGAGCGUCUUCGAAUGACGUCAUUGAGCUUGAAUUUCAAAAUCUGAACAGACUAUACCAUUACUAGGAAAGAAAAAAUGAUUUCAUUGAGAAAGUUGUACCAUUUUUUUUCAGCAACCAGAGAGGACGGUACUUUGCCGCGGCAGAAGCCAGGAACAAUUUCGUCGCCGCCGCACAAAACGUUCAGUCUUGUCGCAUGUACCUUCACAAGGUCAUUUUUCGAUAUUUCGUAGGAAUUAGGAGAAAUGAAUAAUUAAAGCUGAUUAGAAAAUAAACUUCGAGGGAGAAAAAGCGGCAUCUGAUGGGAAAAAUUGUAGGUGAGAUUCAAAUAAAUGAAACGAAGGAUGUCUCAUGAACUCUUCGGCGAGACUCCCAUGAAAAAAGCAGCAAAAUCUUAAUCUUUAUUUUUUUUUUUCCUCAGAAGCGUUUCCUCGAAAUUUCGCCGCUUGAUUCAAGACAGCCGUUGAUCAUUUUUUUGAAAAAAAUAGAUUAUCGAUUUCUAAUAAAAAUAGUUCAGCGAUCGAUCUGAGGUUUCAGAUGGAAUCAUAUAUUAUUUGAAUGCAAUAAGAUGAACUGCAGGUCGAAUUCCCAUACGCGACCGAGCAGGAAAUAACUGAACUCGAAGAUACCGUCACUUCUGCUUUCAAAAACGUCCAAGACGACGCUGCUUGCAAAAAAUUCAGUUUUCCUCAAAGAUCCCAAAGUUAUUAUAAUAUUUUCCAGGCUCUGAAAGUUUUCGAAAAAACGCAACAAAAAGUCGCUUCGCUAAUCCAGUGGUUCGACAAAGUCAUCAAUGAAACUAUCAGGAAAGAUCUCGACACGGCGAAUAAUGCGGUUAAUCUUCCAAGUUUUGGAAAGAUAAGAACUUUGUUCCAGGUAAUUAAGAAGCAAAAAGCCUUGCGAGAAGAACGGCUAACGUUGAUGAAGAAAUUGGUUCGUUUUCCCCUUUUUCCAGUAGCUUUUCGUGAUCUUUCUCAGGCGAAAAAAGAGCUGGAUCACGAUAUGCACAUCGAGCACGAUGAUUUGGAGGACGACGAGUUGGAGCGGGAGCUCAAGGAACUUGAGCAACAGGCUCUCAGCCAAACCAAGGGCAACAGCGACGUCAAGGUUGGUCCUUGUUGGUUGAAUAACUUAUAAAACGAAAUAAGUAUUUGUAGAAAACUACAAGGGCUCUUGUUUGAGGAGCCGGAUAAAACUUAUCUGGUUCACGGCUUGGGGUAUCAGGACAAAAUAGAUUUUUUUUUUUGUUAGAGCCACGAAGGUUUUAGAAAAAAACAUGUUGAAACUCGCCAGGUAAUAGCUUGAAAAGUUUCAUAUUACUGUUUUUAUACAACUAACACUUUGAAAAAAUUUCCUUGAAAAAGAAGCACGAAAAAAUAUUUUCCAUCAAAAAAUCAUCAUGAUUUUUCUUGGUAUCUUAUUUUUUGCAGGCAAUUUUAGGAGCGUCAGAAUAGCCCCUAGGGUGGUUAGGGGGAAAACACCCCUAUAGGUGACAAGGGGAUCUUUUCAAGCUCGAGUAACCCCUUUAGGUGGAAGUAACGUGGCUUUUAAAGGGAAAUGUUCAAGGAUACUAACACGGGAAGUGCGAAAGGUCGAGGUAUUGGAAUUUAAUGAAACUUGGUAUAUAGGUACUUCCGAACACCCUGAAUCCAAAGCAGUUGAAAAAAAGUGCGCCUUUUUGGUUCUAGUCGAGUUAGGGCGCCUCAAAGUUUGCACGCAAAAAAUGCAUGGGAAGGGAGGAGGGAAUGUGUUGCGGCGGCAAACUCUAACUGCCAGCAGGCGGCGUGGUGUAGCGGCUAGAGGCCUUGUGCUGUGAAACCUAUGAUGCAGGUUCGGUCCCUUUUUGGUGAAAUUUUUUUUGCCAAUUUUUUUUAUUUGAAAAAUGAGGAAGUUUUGAUGAUGGAGUGAAAGAACAGCUCAAAAUUUUGAAAUUCACCAUUUUAUGCCCAUCUGAGAAAGAGUUUCGACAAAAAAUUUUUUUGCUCAAUUUUCUUUGCCUAACCAUAAGGCUUAUGGUCGACCCAUUCCUUCAAAAAAAUUCCUGAUGAACCAAGAAAAUAAAAGUUUUAUGAGAUUUAUUCUUCUUUCCUUACUUUAUGACGUUAUGUGUUGAAAGAUGUGAAUCAAAGUCCAGCUUCACUUCAUUUUCGCAAUCGAGAUGAUAUGGCGAUGCUGCAGAGGAGGAAAAAUACCAGGAAGUGGAUUAACUAACCGCCAUCUUUGAAGAAAAAAAUUGUUUGAUGAAUAAGAAUAGAAGCAUAGAACUACAACAAGUUGUUAUUUAUGACAUAAAACUAGGGACCGCAAAGCCACGCCCCUUUUCGCGAUAGAAAAAGUGGCUUUUUUUUGGUUUUCAACUUUCAUUUUGAUGUAGUUGUAAAAUAUGUGGAACUGGCAAAUAAAAUUUGACACACUUGUACAGAAAAAGCUUCCUCUUUCGUUUAAAAAAAUAUUUCACGCUUUUUUUGAUGCGUUCGCGCGGAAUGUCGUACAAAAAAACGUGAAUGGAACUAAAAAAAUUUUUGUCGUUUUUUUGCUUUUUCAUGUGUUUUUCAGGUCGAACGCACUCUUUCUUUUUUUAAAUAAUGAUUUUGAUUCAAGUAACGGUAAUUUUAAAACAAUAAAAUAAAAAAAUUCGUCUUUGCCAAAAAAAUUUUUAGGGAGUGCCGAAAGUCGUAAUUCAAAAUAUCGUUAAUAUGCGAAUAUAAUCGAGUUUUUUUCUUUUUUUCAAAAAUUUAGAUCACGGGCUUACUUAAAUAUUUCUCCACAGAAUAUGUGCUUGAAAAAAAGUUGUUUAAUACGCAAAAAAAUGCUCUUGAAACUAGAGGAUAAAAUUAGCGGCGUUUAUCACACAGAAAGCGGUCGAACGCAGGUUUUUUUAAACGAUUAUAUACAUUUAUUAGUAAAAAAAUCUUUCAAUUAAAAAGAAUAAAAAUAAAAAAAUUCGUCUUUGCCAAAAAAAUUUACGGGGCCGUUUUAAUGCAGCGAUCGUUAAACGAGGCAAAAAAAGCACUAAAAAAACAGUUUUUUUCGAAGUGAAUUUCCACGAACCGUUUGAGUAAAGAUUUGCAAACAUAUUCUGAUAAAAAAAUAGCUAAAUUACUUCAAGUUUUUUUCUUUUUGAAAUAGACAAUCUGUGCUAUUCAAACGGCUCAAAGGGUAUGGCGGAUGGAAGCUCCCCGCGUUGGACCUAACAGCUUGGCGCAACGCGUGCGCUCCGAUUUUACAUUUUGAGGUCGCGAGUUCGAUGCCCGCAAGCGGCAGUUUUUUUGUUUUCUGGAAAAAUACCGACUUUUUCGACAAACUAGCUGAUUAGCAUCAUUUUAGCACUCUAGUAUGAUUUGUUACAUCAUAAUAGACCAGUAUCAAAAAUUUGUUCUAGAAGAAAAAAAUCGAAAAAAAUGUCAAAAAAAUGGAUAAUACCAAAAUUUCAGUACUAAAAAAUGGUGCGCGGCGCGCCACCUUUUCCGUCAUAACUUUUUUUCAUCCUCAAUCUUUUUUUGAAAAAAACUAAACGGUUCUGAGUUUUUGAAUCGAAACAGCUAUCGAACCAUACAAAGCUCAAUGCUGAAAAAAAUUUUUUGAAAAUUCGUCUGCGGUCCCUACAUAAAACUAUGAACUCUCGCAAGAAUAAUCACGACGCCCAAAUUUCCUGCACAGAGCAUGACAAAAAAGGAAAAAAACUUUUUUUGUUGAAAGUCUUUCUCAAAACGACAUAAAAUAGUGAAUUUUAACACUUUGAACGGUAUUUUUCGUUCCAUCUUCAAAAAUUCAUCAAUUUUUUUGAAAAAAUUCAUGGCAGAAAUAAAUUUCACCAAAAAGGGACCGAACCUGCAUCAUAGGUUUCACAGCACAAGGCCUCUAGCCACUACACCACGCCGCCUGCUGGCAGCUAGAGUUUGCCGCCGCAACACAUUCCCUCCUCCCUUACCCUAUAACACCCUUUUUUUUUAUCAAAUAGCUCCACUCCGUUCUGUAAACCACAAGAGUUCCAAUUUGGUCGGAAAAAGUUCUUCUCACUUUCAAAGUUCGAAAACAAGAAAGUUAAAUUUUUUGUUAAGGAGAUCCUGGAAAUGGGCCAGAAUGAGAACAGCAUGAUGCCGUUGAGCAAAUUGGCGCCUCUUCCUUCAAAAGACGCUCUUUUUGGUUUCCCAUUCUCGAACCACCUUAUAUUCUUCAGCUUCUUUCAGGUGACGUCAAACAGAAACUGGACGAGCACGACGAGACGCGAAAACAGUUUGAGAAAAGGAACCUGGCACAGCGCGAGAAACAAGCAAUGGCUUUGCAGGUUCUUUUUUGGAGAACUUUCAACAGAAAAUCUCGAAGUUUCCAGGAAAAGCUUCGACUCCGACAGCAAAACGGCCGACGCAAUCGGAAAGAACGACGGGCCAGCAUCCGACCCAUCAAUCCCGACAAACUGUCGCCGGUCAGCGUCAAGAGCAAGAAGAAGCCGCGAUCGGCUGAAUAA